AUGACUAUUGUUGCAUAUUGUGAUAUAGCCUUAAUUUUUCUAUGUUGUAGGGGUGUGGCAUUAGGCUUGGCUACAGUAGCUUGGUUGAGUACCGAUGGCAGGAAUGUGCCUGCUGCUGGCCAAAGGCUACCAUCGCCUUCGAAGGAGGAGAAGAAAGACCCUAAUGUGAGUGGUGUUCAAGCAAAAGUACUGGCUCGCAAGAAGUGGAAGGAGGGCAUGAAACAAGCUGUUGCCAAACUAGGAGAGAAAGGACAGGUUCUAAAUAAGCUUGAAAAAGAAAAUGAUAAACAUGCCUGUGAAGGAGAUUAUAGGAGAGAUGAUGUUUGGUUUGCAACACUCAGAAGGUCUUGCAGUCACAUGACUUGGAGUGAUCAUGGUGCUAUUUGCCUUGAGGGGCUUGGCCUUCAAGUCGUAGAGAAUGUAGAAGAAGCUGAGUUUAUUUUGCCCCAUGGUACUAGAGCUUUGGGGCUCCCUUCGGGAGAGGCACGUCCUACUAGUCUUGAUGGUCUUGAAAAAAUAUUGGAGCUUUGUGCAGCUAAGAAAAUUUCAAUGAUUGUAGCCAAUCCAGAUUAUGUGACUGUCGAGAUAAUAUAUAAAUCAGCGAUGAACAUGGUCGGUGUUGACGCUAAAGACUCUAUUGCUGUGGACGAUUGCCUUCAGCAUGAUAUUAUGGGAGCCAAUGCAGCUGGAAUCCAGUCAGUAUUUACUACUGGAGGAAUCCAUGCAAAUGAACUUGGACUAAGCAGUUUCGAAGAAGUUGCAGAUUUAUCUUCUGUCCAAACUCUUUCAUCAAAAUAUGAUGCACAUCCAUCAUAUGUGUUACCAGCGUUCAUAUGA